ACAAAUCCUUAAAGGCAAAGCAAACAUUAAAAAGAGGGAGGGGGGGAAAGCAAGGCAAAGGCGAGGAGAGGAGGCUUGGAUCAAGGUGUCAAGAGCAGGACAGAAGAGGGCUAGUAACAUGACCAUUUUCGUUUGGUUUGUUUUCCUUGCUUCUCUUCUGAAGCACAUCAACGGCACUAGUCCACGCCGGGCUCCGGAGUCCAAUGGACGAAGGUAUAAUCGGAUUCAGCACGGACAGUGCACCUACACGUUCAUACUUCCUGAACAGGAUGGAAACUGUCGCGAAAGCUCUUCUGACCAAUACAACACCAAUGCGCUGCAAAGGGAUGCCCCUCACAUCGAGACAGAUUUCUCCUCCCAGAAACUGCAGCGGCUGGAGCAUGUCAUGGAAAAUUACACUCAGUGGCUACAAAAGCUUGAGAACUACAUUGUGGAAAACAUGAAGUCAGAAAUGGCUCAGCUGCAGCAGAAUGCUGUCCAAAAUCACACAGCCACCAUGCUGGAAAUAGGAACCAGCCUUCUCAGCCAGACAGCAGAACAGACAAGAAAGCUCACAGAUGUUGAAACACAAGUUCUUAAUCAAACAUCCCGGCUUGAAAUCCAACUGCUGGAAAAUUCCUUAUCUACUUACAAGCUGGAGAAACAAUUGCUCCAACAGACCCAUGAAAUCUUGAAAAUCCAUGAGAAAAACAGUCUAUUGGAACACAAGAUUCUUGACAUGGAAGAAAGGCAUAAAGAGGAACUAGAUACGUUAAAAGAGGAAAAGGGGGACCUGCAAGUUUUGGUAUCUCGUCAAACCUACAUUAUCCAAGAACUUGAGAGGCAACUAAGUAAAGCAACAACCAAUAACAGCAUUAUGCAGAAGCAACAACUUGAACUCAUGGACACAGUCCAUAGCCUGGUCAGCAUUUGUUCUAAAGAUGGAGUUUUGCUAAAGAAUGUAAAAAAGGAAGAAGAGAAGCCAUUCAGAGACUGCGCAGAUGCAUACCAAGCUGGUUUUAAUAAAAGCGGUGUCUACACAAUUUAUGUUACUAACAUAUCAGAACCUAAAAAGGUUUUUUGCAACAUGGAGACUGCAGGAGGAGGUUGGACAGUAAUACAACACCGAGAAGAUGGGAGCCUAGAUUUCCAAAAAAGUUGGAAAGAAUACAAAAUGGGUUUUGGUAGCCCCUCUGGUGAAUAUUGGCUGGGAAAUGAAUUUAUCUUUGCAAUAACCACCAGUCAAAAACAUUACUCUCUAAGAAUCGAAUUAAUGGAUUGGGAAGGAAGUCGAGCUUACUCGCAAUAUGAUAGAUUUUACAUAGGAAAUGAAAAACAGAAUUACAGGUUGGUGGUUUGAUGCCUGUGGCCCUUCCAAUCUUAAUGGAAUGUUUUAUUCAGCUGGACAACACCAUGGAAAAAUAAAUGGAAUCAAAUGGCAUUACUUCAAAGGUCCAAGUUACUCAUUACGUUCCACAACUAUGAUGAUCCGUCCCUUGGACUUUUAAAGAGGCAAUAAGAUAGUGGCCAUCUGAAGGACACCUUGUGUAAUCUUUAGAAGCAGAAGGUGGAAACUCCCUGAAAAUGCUGAAUUCCAAUAUCCUAGCCGUCUUCGGAUCUUAUUUCACUGGCUGCAGUAAACAAAGACAAGUCACUGUCCAACCUAGGGACAGGUGAAACUGUGGAUUAUGAAUAAUACAAAAUAGCUUUUGUGGCUAUUCAGUGGACAACUUUAAGGUUCGGUUGCCACCAAUAAACUGGUAUCUUUUAACCAAAGCCUUUUUUGUUGUUGUUUUGCUUUGAACAAGCAGAUUUUUUUUUAAAAUAUAGGAAAUGCAAACCAAGUGGCCUUUUGAAAAAAAAACAGAAAUAAAGUCUAAUGGAUGGCAGAAGAUGUUCGUCUGUCAAGAAAAUGGUAUCAACUCAAUGCAGAAGCAUGACUGCUAUUUAUUUGUAGCCCCUUAAAAUGCAACUAUGGCCUUACAACCUGGCAUCAGAAAAUGGGACUGAGAUAGAAAAAAAUAUCUUUAAUACCAGAACAAUAUGGAUUAUAUGAGUCAUUUCUCAUUAAAUCUACGUGAGACAUGGAGCAUCCUUCAAAGAGACAAUGAAUCAAGUUGGACAGAAAAAUAAGAGCAAUAGGUUGCGAAUUGUUAAUUGACCUGAAUGGCUAGGCUAAAAUUUGGCAGUCCAGAUAAUUGGGCUUUUCCAAAUAUUUCAACUAUGUUUGAUAGUAUGACAACAAAAGGGAUUAUUUUUCUUUCUGACUGCUACAGCUUUACUUUGCUUUAUAUGACAUUUCAGUAUGAACGUCGUAUGAAAAACAAAGAAAAAGAAAAAGCACAUCUUUUUUAAAAAAAUGCAGAAUCAAGGUUAUUUGUACAUAGAUUUAUGACAUGGAUACACAAAUACAUAAACUAUGCAAAUAUCAUAACCAUGUAUUAACUGGAUUUACUUUAUCAGUCUUGCUGGUUUGCAUGUAAAUGUUACUAGUAAAUUGCUAGACUUUCACACCUGCUAUUCAACCUUCAUUUGACAGAGUUCAACAGAAAACAAUGAGUUAUUUCCUAUAUUUAAUUUACACCUUUGGACAAUGGGUUGGAAAUUAAGGAAUACGAGAGAAGAAAGAAAUCACAGAUAUGAAUUGCAAAUGCCCUGAAUUGAAAGCAGUUAUAAUUGAGUGGAUCAAUUUAAAUGGGAAAACAAGACAUUAUUUUAAAUGAAUAGUACUAACAUGUAGUUCCCUACAUCGUGAUCUACAGUAGAUGGUACACAUAAUCCUGAAUUCAGAGAUUUCAAAGAUUGUGGGUUAUUGUGUUUGUUUCCAAUACAUCCACAUCCAAAAUUCAAUGUGCAUUCUAAUGAGUGUUGAAACCUAGUUCAGAUAUUUGGCCAAGGUGACAAGGUCUUUCAUUGAUCUUUCAGCUUCCAAUGUACAUUUAGCAUUAGACACAAUACCAUAUUAGAGGAACAUUGGCAGUUGAAUCAAACCAUCAACUCAUUUCAUUCCUAUUUUUAUGGUUUCAGAAAUGCAUAGACUUUGGCAGUAAGCUGUUGCCUAUCAUUUCUAUGUAUGCUGAUCAUUUACAUAUAAACAUGAUAUUACUUAUUUUUAUCUGUAUCCCAUUUUUCCCUUGGGAAGAUUAUAUUAAUUUGUUGAUUCAGCAAAAUAUACAUAUGUGCCUUUAAAUAUUUCCUCAAAAUAAAGAGGUUUAUGAUAAGCAAAAUACGGGAUGAUAAUUUAGAACUUUUAUACAUUUGGUCUUUUCACUGAAGUUAAAUGGGAAAUUUUGCACCUGAAUUCUUCAGGGAAUGCAGGGAAAUAGUGGGCAUUCAUGUACCGACCUCUUGGCCACUGUGUAAUAAAUAAGAACAGAAAUGUUAAAGUCUGCCCAUGACGAAUUUAAAACAAAAUCUAUGAAAAAGAAUUCUGAACCACCAAAGCAAAGGAAAACUGGUUUAAAAAAGGUUUUUUCCCCCACCCACCAUUAAUUCAUGCAGAUUCGUGUGAAGUGGAGAGACUCUAUGGUUCAGGGGUAGAUUAUAUUGACAUGUAGAAGUUCUAAAUCCUGUUCUUGUAUCGCAAGAGCCAUGGUGACACAGUGGUUAGAAUGCAGUAUUG